AUGGUUAAAUCAUUCGAAGUCGCUGAUCCAAUUGACUCUUCUUUGGAAGGUUUUGCAUUGGUAAACCCUUCAAUCACUUUAAUUCCUGCAGAAAAAAUUCUAUUUAGGAAAACUGAGAAAUCUCAAAUUGCAUUAAUUUCAGGUGGUGGUAGUGGACAUGAACCAACUCAUGCUGGUUUUAUUGGUGAUGGUAUGCUAAGUGCUGCUGUGUGUGGUGAUAUUUUUGCCUCUCCAUCUACUAAACAAAUUUUAAAUGCAAUUAGAUUAGUCAGUGAAAACUCAAAAGGUGUUCUUCUAAUUGUUAAAAACUAUACUGGAGAUGUUCUUCAUUUUGGCUUGGCUGCUGAGAGGGCCAGAGCUCAAGGAAUCGAUUGUCAUGUCUUUGUUGUUGGUGAUGACGUAGCAGUUGGUAGAGCUAAAGGAGGUAUGGUUGGAAGAAGAGCCUUGGCCGGUACUGUCUUAGUUCAUAAAAUAGCAGGUGCAUUUGCUAAGGGAUACUCUGAAAAAUACGGCUUACAAGGAACCAUCGAUGCAGCUACUAUUAUUAAUGAUAAUUUGGUCACUAUUGGAUCUUCAUUAGAACAUUGUAAAGUGCCAGGAAGGAAAUACGAAACCAGUUUGAAGGGUUCACAAUUAGAAUUAGGAAUGGGUAUUCACAACGAACCUGGUGUACAAAUUUUGGAACCAAUUCCAUCUACUGAAGAGUUGAUUUCGAAAUAUAUGUUACCGGCUUUAUUAGACUCCUCUGAUUCUGAUAGAUAUUUUGUGAAUUUUGAUGAGGGUGAUGAUGUUGUGCUACUGGUUAAUAAUUUAGGUGGUGUAUCUAACUUUAUUAUUUCCUCCAUUGUCUCGAUAGUCAAUAAAGCAUUGAAGUCAGAGUACAAUAUUGUCCCAGUACAAUCUAUAUCAGGGACUUUAAUGACUGCUUUUAAUGGUAAUGGUUUUAGUAUUACAUUAUUAAAUGCUACAAAGGCCACAAAAGCGUUAAAUUCAAAAUUCCCUGAAAUAAAAUCAGUUUUAGACCUUCUUAAUUAUAAUACCACUGCUCCUGGUUGGGCUGUUGUUUCUCAUAAUUCAAAACCUGCUGUGAAUGAGGAUAUUUUAAAAGUUGAUGUGAAAGUAAAAAACGCAGGUACUUAUGAUUUUGAAACAUUCUCUAAUUGGAUGAAAGCUGCUGCAAAAGCAAUUAAAGAAGCUGAACCACACAUUACAUCACUGGAUACUCAAGUUGGUGAUGGUGACUGCGGAUAUACCUUAGUUGCCGGAACAGAGGGUAUUACUGAUGAUUUAGACAAAAUAUCAAAAAAAUCCUUAUCUGAAGCCACUGCUCAAAUUUCUGAUAUCAUUGAAAGCUCUAUGGGCGGUACAUCAGGUGGGUUAUAUUCUAUUCUUCUUUCUGCAUUUUCCAAUGGUAUAAUUCAAACUUGUGGUGAAAAUACUCCUGUCACGGCCAAGGAAGUUGCUAAGUCCCUAGAUUUUGCUUUGUCUACUUUAUAUAAAUAUACAAAAGCAAGAGUGGGCUCCUCGACCAUGAUCGAUGCUUUAGAACCAUUUAUUGAAGAAUUUAAAAAAUCUCAAGACUUUAAGAAAGCUGUUGCUGCUGCUGCUAAAGGUGCAGAAAGCACUGGUAAUGUAGAAGCCAAGUUUGGUAGAGCAUCGUACGUCGGUGACUCUUCUAGUGUUGAAGACCCUGGUGCUGUCGGUUUGGUGGCUUUCUUGAAAGGUAUUGAGUCCACCUUUUAG